AUGUGUUACUACAGCAGCUACUAUGGAGGCCUGAGCUAUGGCUAUGGCUGUGGCUAUGGCUGCCGCUAUGGUGGCUAUGGUUAUGGCUGUUGCCGCCCUCUGUGCUGUAGAAGAUACUGGUCUUAUGGCUUCUACUAA